AUGGAUCGUAUUACUGCGCCAAGCGUCACUCAAAAAGUGACAUCGCCGCCCGGUUCUCCCACGUCAUGGUUGAAGUCUGACACUGGUCCCAUGUUUCCCAAAGACAGGGCUGGUGCCAUUCGCGGAGAACGGCCACGUUUCGACUGGGUCUAUGAUCAAGCUGUAACCUGUACUCAUGACAAGUUGAAUGGCGUGUUGAAGACUCAGCUGGAUGUUUGGCAUUGUCCCAAGACCAACGGUACGCAGCAUAUCUUGCGUGCGUCCAGCCACAUUGUGGAUACCAAUGCCAGGCAGUCCAUUGCGCGUUGGUACAACAAGUCCUUCUUGGCGCAGUCUGGACAGCUGGUGGAUACCCCUGAUCCGUUGGCCCGACCGCUAGGUGGAGGAGUUACUAUCAGCCAUGAUGGCACCACUCGACCAAAGCGGCUUCAACGCUGCACAACGGCUCCUGGACAGUUGCAGCACGAGCAAUAUCUGCCGCCCUGGAUCGAAAAGUCCAAGUAUGAGCGGGCACUAAGCAUGUCACCUCCAAGUUGGGCCGGUGGUGCUUAUGCGGCGCGCGGGCACAGCGCUACGAUUCCGCACCACGCCAAGCGAUUUGAACGAGCUGCAUCCUUGUCCAGCAGUGGGCUGCCGACUUUCCCUAGAAAAUAA